UUCGUCUGCAGGGCUGGAGAGCCACGGGGGUCGGUACGGAGGCAGGAGCUGUGGGGAGCGGAAAAGGCUCCAGAAAAGAAACUCUUGUGCUGUUAAUGACGUGUUCAAACCCUCCCUGCUCAAACCCGCAUCCCUAUGAGCUACUUAGGAAAUGUAUUGUGCAGUGAGAACAUAGUAAAUGUGGGGCAGAAGGGGCUGGGAGGACAUAAAAUUUGAGUGGACCUAAGCCUGUCUCCAAGGAGAUAAAAUGAUGGCAUAGUUGGAGGAGGCAGCAGCUCUGCGUCUCCCAGGUUCAAGGAGAUUUGACAGGAGGUUGGGUCUUGCCGUGAAGAUGGAGAAGCAGGCUCCCGCGGGCCCUACAGGAGGCUUAGAAGGGGCAGGGAAAAACAGUUUGGUCAUCCAGCCUGCGAUCGCGCAGGAGCUACCUUGCUGGGCAGUGCCAUGCCAGGAGGGCAUACCUUACCACCUGGAAUCCCAAUGGCAGGAUUUCUUGAAGACCAUGCAGUCCCCUCCCAUGAGAUGGGGAAACCCACAUCUAUCAGAGGUUGCAUCCUGGGAUGACCUGGUCACCUUCAAGAGGGUUUUGGGGGCUUGCCAGUGGCCUCGGGAAGACGCAGUGACCCGACUAAUGCCAGCCCAGCAAGCGUUAAGCGCCCAGAAUUCCAGAGACAAAAUAGACUAUGGGAAGGUCAAGGCCAUCUUCCUGCAAGGAAACUCCGCUGGCACAGAGAUACAUCGGCAACGCUUCCGACAGUUCUGCUACCAGGAGGCUGAAGGGCCUCGCGAAGUUUGCAGCCGCCUGCGGGAACUCUGCCAUUGCUGGCUGGAGCCUGAGAGUCGUACGAAAGAGCAGAUCAUAGAGCUGCUGAUCCUAGAACAGUUCCUGACUAUUCUGCCGGAAGAAAUCCAAAGCCAGGUCAGGGAACGUAGCCCUGAGACCUGUGUCCAAGCCGUGGCCCUGGCUGAAGGCUUCAUUCUGAGGCAGCAGGAAGGCGAGCGGCAGGAAGAACAGGAGGCAGAGUCGUUCCAAGAGCUGGCUGUGGAUUUUUCUGAAGCCCAGAGGGUUCCGUCGGAUGUGAGGCAGAGACGGCUUGUUAGGGAAGCCGGGAAGUCAGGCAACAGCAAGACGUGUUCAUUAGGUGCCAGUCUGGUGAGCAGGACUGAGAACCAGCAUAAACAGGAGGAGCCCAGGAAUGAGGAGGAGGCGACCGUGGCAUCCCCAGUUCCUGAGGGAACACAAAGGAAAGAGAAAUCUCACCUCUGCAUUGAGUGUGGCAAAAGCUUCACACGACCCUCAGACCUGGCUAAACACCUGAAUGUUCAUACUGGAGAGAAACCAUACCUGUGUGUUGAAUGUGGGAAGAGCUUUAGCCAGCUCUCCCAUCUUACAAGGCAUCAGAAGAUCCACUCAGGGGAGAAACCCCACAUCUGCUCAGAAUGUGGGGACACCUUCAGCCAGCGGGCGUAUCUGGUCAGCCACCAAAGGAGCCAUUCAGGAGAGCAGCCAUACCGCUGCUCAUACUGCCAGAAAUGUUUUAGCCAUCAGUCAGCCCUUAAGAUACAUGAGCGGAACCAUAUGGGCCAGAAACCUUAUGCUUGCACUGACUGUGGGAAACGGUUUGUUUCUUCUUCCUCUCUGACUACCCACCGGAGGAUCCAUACAGGAGAAAAGCCUCAUGCCUGUGGCGUUUGUGGGAAAAGAUUCAUCCAGCACUCCAAUCUGGUCUCACACCAGAGAACUCACUCUGGGGAAAAGCCGUUCUCCUGCAAGGUGUGUGGCAGAAGGUUUGCCUACCCGUCAGACCUUACGAGACACCAAAAAAUCCACACGGGAGAGAAGCCUUAUCCUUGUGAAGAGUGUGAGAGGAGAUUCACCAGGCUCUCCGACCUUAUUACACACCAACGCAUUCACACAGGAGAAAAACCCUAUCACUGUCUUGAGUGUGGGAGAAGGUUCAGGCAGAGGGGAGUGCUAGUAAAACACCAGAAGUGCCACUCAAAAGAGAACCCCAAAGGAAGUGAGUCAACGCAGCCUCUGGAGUUGCAAGCAGACAAAGAACUGAACGUUCACAAGAUAAAACAGGAGAAAGAAGAAGUGAAAAAUCACACAGGGUCCAGCUCAAUCCGUGCUUCCAGCCCCUGAUGCCUGUCAUGCCCACAUGGCUGUGUAGACACAGGAAGGUAUACAUUUCCCUGUCUUCCUCUGGCGCUGACUGAAAACUGGUCACGAGAGUAGUAGACUGUUGCCAUCUCCUGCCUGGGCUAAACAUUGCAAUGGUGGGGGAAUUACAGGGCCUGACUGGUAAGCACAGGAUAGCCAGGAUACCUUUGGUGCUUUCCUCCAUUCCACUGAUGCACUUCUAGCCAUUAUUAUGGUUUAUGGAAGAAGCUAAGGUGGUUAUAGUUUGCUCUGGAUAUAGCAACUGGAACAAAGCUUUUCUAAAUAAUGGGCCCAUUCUGUGUUGGCUGAAUGAAAUGGGAAUAGGAUUGCUCUUCAAGAAGAAUAUCUCUCAGUCACCUUCAAAGAGGGAGUAGGGGAAAGAGGGAGAGAGAGAAAGAGAGAAGGAAGAUGAAUGCACCCACCUGUUAUGCAUUUAUCCAAGGAGUGGUUGGGAGAAUCUCUUGAACACCACGCAGUGUUGUUUGGGGAGAUCGGGUGAGGGAGGGAAUAGAACUCUUUUUAUCAGGCAACAUUCAGCUGGGGUUUAGAGAAUAUAGCCUGACCUGUCCAGGACCAGCAGGGCUACACCAGUCCAUAUGGAGCCACUACAGCGAUAAUGAUAGAGGUUGGUAACCCUCCUUGCAUCCCUCCACAUGAGCGGUGAUAGUGGAUCCUUCCCUCCCUGUUUCGCAAAUGACGUUCUCACAGGGAAGAGCCUAUCUAUCCAAAUAAGAUAAUGGGCAGUCGGACACUGCCUUCUCAUUCUUGUUCUAACCUCCUAGAUCAACACAUAUAUGGCUCCUUCAUGAUAGAGGAAAUGGCCUUAUACAGAGCUGAGCCACAGGUAUUGUCCUAGUCAGACUGGCCGUGGAUUUGUAGGUUCUCAGAUGGGUGCCUUCUCAAACUUGCUAUCUGAAAUGCCGUAAUGGGAGA